UCGCACAGUGGUGACGUGAGCUUGGCGACAGGCAAGAUGGCGACUUCGGCUUGGCUGCAUGGCCCGUCUGCCAUGAGACUAACAGAGGGUUUAGUGUCGGUUCUGAAGGAGCAGCGUCCAGAGUAUUUACCCGCGCUGUUGGCCAACUACAGAGAACAUGGCGUGUUUCAGACUCAGGGCGCGAGCGCCGUCGGGGGUCUCGUGGGCUUUAGCAACGCCAAACUGGGCUCGAGCAAGACCAGAUUUGAGGGACUCUGCCUGCUCUCCAUGCUGGUCAAAGACAGCUCCAGUGAUCUGUUUGAGCAGCACUGCCUCUCCUGGCUACGUUCUCUGCAGCAGAUCAUACAGUCUCAGGCUCCAGUUCAAACCAUCCAGUUAGCGGUGAAUAUUCUUAAGGAUUUGCUGCAGUAUUCCUCUCAGCUAGCAGAGAUGGCAAGGGAAGUCGGCCUCAACUCCAUCCUGGGCAUCCUGACGUCUCUGCUGGGCCUGAAAACAGAGUGUGAGCUGUCGGCCAUGGAGGGGAUGACAGCCUGUAUGACCUACUACCCCAGAGCCUGUGGAUCCCUGCGGGACAAACUGGGAGCUUAUUUCCUCUCCAAAAUGGACAGUAUCAACAAGAAAACACAAGAGAUGGCAUGUGAGUGUUAUGGUCGCCUGCCCUGUCUUGGGGGCCUUUUGGACAGAGGGAUUGGUGCUGGCCGAGCUGAGGGCUGGACCAAUCAGAUUCACUGCUUACUGGCCUCAGCCAAUAGCCUGUUGGCUCAGAUCUAUCAAGGGUCCGAAGCAGAAGGAACAGUGCAAUAUGAAGGUCCAGGGUUGGAGCUGGCCUUUCCUCAUCUCGACCAAUCAGAUCCUCUGUUGCUGUUGCAGCUCCAGCACAGAUACACAGCUGUCUGCCUGGCACUCAAACACACACUCAGGAUGGAUCCAGCCUCAGCUGUUCGUCUGCCCGUCAGACCAAUACUCAACCUGGUGUGCCGAGCCCUCGCUGUCAGCUCCAAGAGCAUUAACUUAACAGGAGAUGGAAGUGUGAGGCUGUUGGUCCUGCCCAUCAUUCAUGCCAACACACUGGAUGUGCUGGCAGCACUUAUCAUGGCUGCACGUUGCAGCAUGGUUCAAUACACUGUAGUCCUACAGAGGCUUUUUUCCCAAACUCUGUCUGCCUGGACACCGCCACAUGAAGCCAGUGUGGGUCAGCAGAGAUCCUACAGCUCAGUGAGGGUGUCAGUGUACAGAACCUUAGAGCUGUGGGUCCAGGUGGCUGGAGCAUCUGCCAACAUUGUUCAGGGCAGCCCUGGACAUUCCGAGCUCCUCCUUGGCCACUUGCUCAGUGACAUCACACCGGGGGCAGACUCUGUCAAACUCCGGGCUGGUCUGUCAGCUGACGUGGUUCCCGGAGGGAAACCAGGCCCUCGCAGGACCAAGCCUUUGGUCAUGGCAGACACAGGUGGACCUUCUCUGCAGAGGAAAGGAGACCACGUGGCCAAUCAGGACACAUGCCUUUCAGCCCUCAGAGCUCUGAGACAAAUCAUAUUGACGAGUGGGGCACUGCUGAAGGAUGAUAUACACAAGCGUCUUCAUGACAUGGUGCUGCCGCUGUGUGUGCGUCUGCAGCAGCAACUGUCCAGCAGCAACACUGCAUGUGAACCUGCAGGGGGCAUCGGCGGCCAGUACAGCAGUGCCCUCACACGGCAGGAACUGUACAGGUUAUUGAUGUCUCUGGUCCUGGUUCCAUCACCCUCUUGGCCUCCACCUUUGACCUGUGCUGUAUCCAUCCUCAGCAAAGGACGAGCCGACCGCAACCUGAAGGUCUCUACGUUUUGUACUGAGGCUCUGGCCAUCUGCAACUCCCUGCUCCACCCCCGCACUCCCUCCAUUGCCCUCCCAUUACCUCCCCUCACCGUGAAACCCACCCCUACUGCGCCAGUUCUCUCGUCCUCCCAGGGACCCACCCCUGGACUCACUUUGCCAACUCUUUUAGGAGGCCCGGCCCCUGGUCCCCCGUUCCCUGCCCGCCACUCCCUCCUGGGUCCCACCUCCCUGCUGGGCUCACUGGAAAAUCACCUCUCACUGGUUCCAGGGCUUUCAGGUCAAGCCCCUGCCCCAGGAGACAUGAUCCUGUCCCCACAUGCUCAUCACCUCCCUGACCAGUCUGGGCUUGGGCCUCCAGAAGGCCAGAGACCCGUGUUUGUCCGUUAUGAAAAAGAAGAAGCAGAAGAUGUGGAAAUCUCUCUGGCAAGUGAUUCAGAUGACAGUGUGGUCAUCGUUCCACCGGGGAUGCUCAACAUGGAUAACCAGCAGGAUGACACCUCAGCCGCAGCAAACACCCAGACUUCUGCCACACCAGGAGGGGCUACAGUCACACUACCAGGGGGAGAAUGUGUCACCAUGGUACCCACUACAGCAGCACCAACCACCAUAGACAGUGUGUCACUCUCUAACAACCUGGCCACCUCCUCCGCCCUCCUCUCCACCUCCACCACACCCAUAAACUCCUUCCCUCCCUCCAGCACCUCAGUGGUCUCCCUUGUCCCCCCUCUGAGCGCCAGCACUCUUACGGCUCCACCCGGCAGCCUCGGCGAGUCGCUUCCCAGCAGACCACAGCUCCAGCAGAUGCUGAUGCAGCCCUCGGCGGCUGCUCAGCCUGCCUCCAUGGGUCUGUCGCUGCAGAUGCACCAGCUGCAGAACCAGCUGAGUCUGCAGGGGCGGCACCUCCACCAGCACCCACCGCCUCCCGCCAACAACGAAGACUCGGCCGUCAUCAACAUCAACAGCACAGAUGACGAGGAGGAAGAGGACAUGGAGGAUGACGAGGAGCUAGAAGAGGAAGAGGAAGGGGUGGACGAGGAGGAUGAUGAGGAGGAAGUGAGUGAUUUUGCAGAGGAGGAGGAGUUUUAUGACGGAGAGGAGUACGAGGAUUUUGAUGAAGAGGAAGGGGAAGAGUUGGAUGAAGAGGAGGAGGAGGAUGACGACGGAGACAUUCCACCACUUGAGGGAUCAGAAGACAAGGCAGAAGAGGUAGGGGUGGAGGAGGGGAAGGUGAUCCAAGCUGAAGAAGGGAUGGCUGGGUUCAGUGUGGAGGGGGAUGAAGAAGGAGGAAUAGAGGAGAUCCAGACCAACAGAGUGCUAUUUGGGGAGGACAGGAUGAAGGUGCAGGAGGUGGAGAGCAUCGGAGUCCUGGAAGAGGCACGUGGGGGAGAAGAGGACGAGAGUGAAAGGAUGGACGACCCGACCAUGCCACAGAUAUUGUGUGUGACAGGCGGAGCUUUGGAAGAGAGAGAGGAGACGGAGGGGAGGGAAGAGGGAGCUGAAGUGGAAGAAGAGGAAGGAGGGGAGGUGGUGCAGGAGGAGGAGGGCUCAUGGGAGCAAGGAGCCAGUGAGGUUGAGCAGACGGCCUCCUCUGAAGAGUGUGUGACCAAUCAGAAUCAACAGGAGUCGAGGGCAGAGGCAGCACAGGAAGCCAGUGUAACCGAGAACCAGCCGUGUCACCAGGAGGAACAACCAGCAGAUACCCAAGAUGGACACUCAGCAGCCGCCGAGGCCGAGAACUCGACAGGUCAGGAUACCGAAGAGCAGCAGGAGAUGAAAGAGAAAAGAGACAAUGGUGUGGAAACAGAUCAUCAGCAGCAGGAGACGGAGGGAGGAAGAAAAGGAGGAGGAGAGAGUGAUGGAGAGGAAGGAAAAGGAGUGAAGAGGAAGAGAGAUGAGGAACACAGAGAGGAAGAGGCGGGACAAGGCACUGAGAAGAAAAAGCUCGAUGAAGAAGUCAUGGCCUCCAUGUUGGCGGACUUUGUCGCCUGUCCACCUGAUGAUGAAGACGGCGCCUCUGGAUCGAACCGCUCAUAGACUCUUUCCAUCCCAAAGCAUAACGUGAACCGAAGUUGCAAUGGAUACUGUAUUAUUUUAAUUUGUGAGAUGGAGUUACUUCACCAAACAAGUCCCCAGUCAUUCCUUCAUGUUCACAUCAUUAUGGUAGAAUGUGUUCUCCACAAUAAGACUUCUGACUCUACCACAUCACUUAGUUCGUUAGUGGCACAAGCUAGUUUUAAAUCCACUCAUGGAAACCGUGCUUUUUCUACAGUUUCAGGGAGGUAAAGCUCUUUCAAGUGUGUCAUCAUGCAAUGCCAGUUUCUCUUCAUGGGUUAGGUACAGGUUAUCCUACAGUCAUGUUGUUUUGUCAUUACUGUCAUAAUGCUUUAUUAUUAAAAAAAAACAAAAACCGUAA